UCACCCGCCCCCUCUCCUUUAAGGCUGUUGGCCGACGGUUAAUGUGGAGGCAGACACAGGGCCGAGCGAUGGGCAAACAGAAGGCGGCCUUCCACUGUGAGCUCUGUAGGAGGACCUUCUUCUCGGGCCGAGGCCAUGUUUAUGGCCUGAAACACCAGGAGACCCUGAGGAACAUCCUGGACAACUUCCUGGAGAAGGUGCGAGACGCCCGCAAGGUUCUGAAAGAGGCCCGAGUGGAGAGGUAUGACUUCACUGAGCACGAUCAGAACUUCUGGUGUUACUGCUGCAAGACGGAGGUGAAGAAACACGUGACGAACGGGAACAUCGCUGUGGUGUACGGGGGAUUCCUCGAGCACUUCGAGAGCUCUGAACACAAGAAAAAGACCAGUGCGUUUUGGUGGGAAAACAAAGCAAACAUCAAAUUGAAGGACCAGUUUUCUCUCUCUCCAGAGGAUUAUGAGAAGUUCAAAGCUGCUGUGACAAAAGCUCUGGAAAGCUAUGAGGAGAAAGAAGAUGAAUAUAUUAAGGAGGGAGCGGAGCGCAUUCGAGAAGUUGAGCAGCAGAGACGGGAGUUGGUGCAGGCUGCCCUUGAGCCUCAGGCCGAGCAGAGCCUCGACAUCGGAGCCUCCGAGCCUGGGGUCAGUCACCAAUCCCACCUGAGUGCCUAUUCCUCAGAAGAACCCGGACCGAGUGGAUUACACUUCCCGUUUCAUUCCGAUGAUCUGAAGGGGCAGAAGUUGACUUUCCUUGGGGACAAGUUGCCGGGCUUCACCACAGAAAAAGGCAAUGUUCACACAGGUGCUACACCGCCCUGGCUCAUAGAUGAUGAGGAGGAAACUGGAACUGCAAUAGGACCAUCAUACGAGGAGUUUAUCCAACAAAAGGAGAAAGAGAAACUCAGAAAACUUCCUCCAAAUCGUGUUGGUGCAAACUUCAAUCAUACGUCAGAAACCGACGACUCUUGGCUGCCUUCAUUUGGUCGCGUGUGGAAUGAUGGGCGGAGGUGGCAGUCCAGGAAGCAAUUCAGGUUAGAAGAGGGGAAGAAAGCCACAAGGAAGAGGAAAAGAAAUGACCAGAAUGAAUGAUGCUCUGUAUCCAAUUCCCAAGGUUUAUGUAGUCAGCACUUCAGAGGAUUUACUGUGCAACACUCGUGAGGACUAAAAUAUUCCCUUGAACUUCAGUCUGUGCUUUUACAUGCUGUGUUCUUUAUGAGA